UCCCAUUUUUCUUUUUUCCCCAUCUGCUGGUAGGUGAGGUGCGAAAGAUUGCAGCUCCCAGAGAAAAGGAGUUAAGCUGUGCAACAGCUGUUUUUUUUUGUGUUUUAUCGCUCUAAUCUGUCUGUGAAUUACCCAUCUUUACCUGAGCCAUCUUGUCUCAAUCUGGAUUACUGAACCUUUCUGCUGGUUUUCUAAACUGGAAUGUCAGUUUUAUGAUCUGAGGCUGCUGUUAUGAGAACCUCUAUCUUUGGAUGCGUGUUUGUUCUCCUUCUGCUGUUAAGGGAGCCAGGUUGCCACGGGGAGGAGGUCACCUCCAGCACAGCAGUCAAUCCAUGCUGUCACUACCCCUGCCAGCACUGGGGCGUGUGCGUGCGCACCACACAGGAGGAGUAUGAGUGUGACUGCACCCGCACCGGCUACUAUGGAGAGAACUGCACCAUCCCUGAGUUUUUGACCAGGGUGCGUCAGUUCCUCAAACCAAGCCCAAAAGUGGUGCAUUACAUUCUCACACAUUUCCACUGGCUGUGGGACGUCAUCAACAACACUUUCUUGCGGGACACCCUCAUGCGUUUAGUUUUAACAGUGAGAUCCAACUUGAUACCCAACCCUCCAACUUUCAACUCAAAGUAUGGCUACCUCAACUGGGAAUCCUACUACAAUCUCAGCUACUACACUCGAAUUCUGCCCCCUGUGCCGGAAGACUGCCCAUCACCUAUGGGAGUCAAAGGGAGGAGCCAGCUGCCUGACCCAGAGGUUGUGGUGGAGAGGCUGCUGAAGAGAAGGACAUUCAGACCUGACCCUCAGGGCUCCAACCUCAUGUUUGCUUUCUUCGCCCAACACUUCACUCACCAGUUCUUCAAGACCUACAACCGCAUGGGUGUGGGCUUCACUAAGGCUCUGAGCCAUGGGGUGGAUGCAGGACACAUUUAUGGAGAUAACCUGGAACGUCAGCUGGCUCUUCGGCUUUUUAAAGACGGAAAACUGAAAUAUCAGGUUAUUGAUGGACAGGUGUUCCCUCCCUCUGUGGUCGAUGCAGCGGUUUACAUGAGCUACCCCCCCGGAGUUCCCCCUGAGCAUCAAAUGGCCAUCGGUCAGGAGGUGUUUGGACUCCUACCAGGUUUGGGUCUGUACGCCACUCUGUGGCUGCGGGAGCACAACCGCGUCUGUGACGUCCUGAAGGCGGAGCAUCCUGUGUGGGACGACGAGCAGCUUUUCCAGACGGCUCGCUUAAUCAUUAUUGGUGAGACGAUACGAAUCGUCGUUGAGGAGUACGUGCAGCAUCUCAGCGGCUACCUGCUGGACCUGAAGUUUGACCCCACACUGCUGUUCAACUCCCAGUUCCAGUAUGGAAACCGCAUCGCGCUGGAGUUCAGCCAGCUGUACCACUGGCACCCUUUGAUGCCGGACAGCUUCCACAUAAACGGAGAUGAGCUGUCGUACAAACACUUCCUGUUCAACACAUCUAUUCUGACUCACUACGGCGUGGAAAAGCUGGUGGAUUCCUUCUCCCGCCAAAUUGCUGGCCAGAUUGGCGGGGGCCACAACAUUAAUGCUGUGGUGACCCAUGUGGCCGUGAGUACAAUCAAGGAGUCCCGCCAGCUCCGGAUCCAGCCUUUCAACGAGUACAGGAAGCGUUUUAACCUGGAGCCGUACGCGUCUUUCAGAGAGUUUGCGGAUAAUGAGGAGAUAGCCCAAACGCUUGAAGAGCUGUAUGGUGAUAUCGACGCUCUGGAAUUUUACCCCGGCUUGAUGUUGGAGAAGACGCGACCAGGGGCCAUAUUUGGGGAAAGCAUGGUGGAGAUGGGUGCACCCUUCUCUCUCAAAGGCCUCCUGGGGAACCCCAUAUGUUCCCCGGAUUACUGGAAACCCAGCACCUUUGGUGGGAAAGUCGGCUUUGACAUAGUGAACACAGCCAGCCUGAAGAAGCUGGUCUGUCUGAACAGCAGGACGUGUCCGUACGUGUCGUUCCAAGUUCCAGCUGAGGAGAAAUCACAACCGGGGAAGGAAUGUCCCGAUGAGCUAUGACCAUGUGCAGCCCACACAAGGUCAAGGCUUUUAUUACACCCCGGCAUGAAGGUGGAACAAGCUGAGACGACGGCGGUGAGAGGUUCUGAAAUCAAAGCUCAGUGUGGACGUUUUUCUUUUUCCUGUCCUGUGGAAACAUCAGACAGAAGUGGUUUUAUUCCCUGCAGAGUUUUCUUACGCAAGAUUUAUGACCACAAAUACAUGUAACGGCUUCUGCAUCCACUGGAAGAAACAAAAUAAAAACCUAUAGUUUUGUUUUUAAAUAACAUAGACAGCUUCUCAAAUCUUUAUCACUUUCCAUUGUUCUGUAAGUGUGAGGAGACCCCACCUCCCUAUCUUAUCUACUGCCAGUAAAUCUAGUUUAUUUUGGCUCCAAAUGAAACACUGCUGCAAUUCAAGAAGAGGCUUUUUUAAACAUUUCUUUUUACACCGUGUAUCUCUACUCCACAAGAAGAACACUGAAACAUUUCUGAACAUUUACAUAGGAUGACAAAGAUAUUAGAUAUGUGGGACUUUCAUGUCUGAUCUAGAUCUUUGAAAAUGCAGCUAAGUGAAAGUACAUCCUGUUUUUCCCCUUUUUUCAAGGAUUAAAAGCCAAAUGUUUGGUUUGGCAAAUGUGAUGCUGACAACAGACAUGUACAGGAAGCUACAGGAGUGGUAUGAACUAAUGGGCUUCUCACUGCAACCUGGAGGAUGUUUGUGCAAGUGUUUUGUUAAAAAAAAAAUUAAACAGCAAAAAGCAAACAUUUUAGAUUUGGAACCCUUAAAAAAAAGACAGAGUUUGAAAAAAGGAGCCAGAGAGGAAGAAAAAGAAAAUUAAGGAGAAACAAAUGCCAAAAGGAAAAAUGCUGAAAGAAAAAAGAGGCAGUUUUUGCAAUGACUUGAUAAAAAGGUUUAGAGUUGACUGAACAUGCAGCAGUGAGGGGCUGUGGAUGACUGAAGUAAAGAUUUGAAGAUAGCUCCGGUUCAUUUAAUGAUACCCUGAAGAAUAAAGAUUUUUUUCUCAGAGAAAGUGUUCAAAGACGUCAGCAGCAAAAUGUUGAUCUUAAUCGGAGUGAAAACUGAUGUCAGAAUUUAAAUAAGACAAGUUUUCCCAUCAAGGUAUCUUUAUUAAAUAGUCCAGAAUAUUUAAAGGUUUAUAAUCUAAAGGAGUAGCUCAGAGAGUAUAUGUAUGAACAGGCUGUGCACAGAUUUUAGGAACUUAAUAUUGAAAAUUUUUAAGGUUUAUUUCCCACUAAUCGUAUACUUAAGUGAUGACCACGUGCACAAAGGAAAUGCACAUCAGUGAAGUUUUGUAAACACGCAUCAACAAUGUUGUUGGACUAAAAAAAUCACAAUCAUUAACUACAGAGUAACACUAUUCAAAUGUGUCAAAAUAAUGAUAACAUAUAAUAUAUAAUUGCUGUUCUUAAUAAUUCAUAUUUAAAAUAUGGUGAAGGAGACAGAAAGAAACAAAAAUUUUCUUAACUAAAUACGGGAUCUAAAAUUGUUGUACCAGGAAAGUAUAUUUAAAUAAUCAAAUUUUACACAAAUAUCUUUUCAUGUUUUACCUUGAGGCCUGAAAAUGUUUAGUGUCACACUGAAAUGACAGAAAACCUAUACAGGAAGCUUAAGUAGCAAAAAAAAAAGCCAAAUAAAAUGCUUGAGUUCUUGACUUCAAAUGCAUAACUAUUUUGUUCUGAAAAAAAAACGAUAAGUGUUUUAAAGCAUAAAAAUAAUUACAUUUAUCAAAGAAACCUAAGAGUUUACUCAAGAUAAAAGCAUUAUUUUAAAAAAAAAACCGUUGUUUUAUUUGCUUUUACAGCAGUUAUGAAAAUGCAUUAGUAGCAGCCUGGACAAACAGAUUUACCAUAAACUCCUGUUUGUUAAGUAGAGUGCCGUUCAUGUAUUUGACCUCUAGGUGUCACUAUUGAGAGCUUUCAGAUCUUGUUUUAACCAAUGAAACAGUUUGACAUUUGAGAUAUGGUUAAUGACAGGUUUUUUGUUUUUUAUUUAAUUUAAUUUUUUUAGUUGAUAUUAUUAAUAUUACCCAUAAAUGUUAUUGCUGCACAUAGUCUUAGUUCCCUCAACAACAAUUUUUUUUAAAAACAUCUAUUUCAUUUAAUAAAAAUUCAAAACAUCAAUAAAAUACAAAAUGAAACAAUAAAGUACAUAAAAAAUGUUAAUAAAAAUUGCUCUUUACAUAAAUACUAAGCCCUGCCUACAUUUUAAAUAAACAUCAAUACAUUUACCUACACAAACCCUCAUUUAACCUCUUUUACAAAGAUUUAGUAGCAUCACGUACUUAAAGUGUCAAAAAUAAAUGUUGCUUGAUAAAUACUACAUGUUUGCCAAUCAUCUCAUUUUAAUAAGACUUUUAAAGGCUGCAAUUGAUUUUGUAUUUUUAGUUACUGUGUCCAAUUUAUUCCAGAUGUUCCGAUGUUCCAAAUCUGGGUUUUCUGAAUAUUUCAUGUCAUUUUAAGUCAAUAGGAUUUAGUCUUUUAUCGAAUUUAACCUGUAAAUUAUGGGGUAACCAUGUCGUGUGUGCUUUGUACAUAAAUUUAAGAAGGUUAAAAUUAAGUACGUCAAUACAUGUUAGUAUUUUCAAAUGACUGAUUAGUGGUCCCGAUGGGUCUCAAUGUUUACUUCCUGUAACAAUUCGUAUUGCCUUUUAUUGUCAUGGUAAGAUUAGAUUGGGUUUAUGUAUGUUUUCUUAUUCUUUUUUCCUUUUGUUCAAGAUUAGAUUAGAGUCAAAAGUCUAAUUUAGUGUACAUUUUUGCAAAAAGAAACAACUUCAGCUGCUAAAAUUCAAUUUUAGUUUCUUGUUGAAUGAGACGAUAUGUUAUUUUUAUUAAUGUGUCACUAAUUUGUGGUAUUUCUAAUUUUAACCAAUCUAUUUAUUUUAAAUAGCUGCAUUUUCAUUCAUUUGUUCAGUAAACACAAAUCGAUCUAUUUGUA